GUAGCGCAUGCGCUUUGACGAUGAACUUGGCAACCAUGAGUAACCAAGAAGGCCAUAGGAUGAAGGCAACCAUUGCCAACCAAACCAAACACCACCUAAGGUAGUGGCAAGUGGCUGUGGUGUCAGCGAUCAAGGCGAAGUGUACGGGUAUUGUAUGGAGAAGUAUGAAUUUCAGAGGUCUAUACAUGAAAACAUCAGAAAAUUGAAUGAUAAACAGGUGGAUUUUUCUGAAGUUGUUCAAGAAAAAUGGCUGGAAAAAGAAGUCGAACUGAAUAAGAUGCUCAAAAUCAUUCUUGCAAAGCGAAAGGAGCUUUUGAACAAACGCAAAGAAAACCUUUCAAGCAAAGAAAAGAAAGCCAAUGAUCUGUCUGAGGACUUUGAAACGGCAAAAAUUAGAAACAGAAAGCUUAUUGAAGAAAUCGAAACAUUUGAAAGGAGUAUUCGACAUCAAGAAAAGAAAGCGAGAGAUAACUCAACAUUAGAAGAUUUAAAGGCAAUGUUCUGGAAAUGUUAUGUUACAGCUGAACAAUCGUACUUGCAUCAACCAGUAUAGUUUUUAAUUGGUAACAAUCUGGUAAAUACAACUGGGUAACUUAAAUUACAUUACAUUCAUACUAAUUCAAGUGUUUGAAACAUUUUGUACAUACAAAGUGAAACUACCUAUGUUACAAUGGUGAUUUUAAUUCAUCAUGAAGAAAGUUUUAAA